CCACACCACUAUGUUGUCAGUGAGCUUCACCGCUUGUUACUAUAGUAAAACAUUUUUCCACUAAGUGGGCACUUAUGUAACUGGGACAUUUGUUUUCCGAACUUUCUUAUGCCUACUCUAUGAGGCAAUCGUUGAUUCUAACUUGUCAAAUAAUCUUUGCAAAUACACAUCAUUUAUGGUAGCCCAUGCCUUGAUGUUUUAUUAAAAAAGUCGUAACUCAUGACAAGAGAAGUAGUAGAAAGGGGAGAUAUAUUAAGCUUAUUAAAGGAAGGCUUCUUAAACAGUUUCUUUAACCUUAACAUAUUAAGCUCCCAUUUAUCAUUUUAUGCUGUAUACUUGUAAUGGACCACAUCACACGUCAUCUCCUCAAGAAAGAAGGCCAGUUCAGAAAGUAGACACAUCUUCACCUCAGAGCUUCUGAGCAGAAAGUCAAGUGCCUGACUGUGAAGAAAUCUGAGGAAGAGAAGGGACAUUAUCAGAAAACACGGGUAUGACUGCCUAAAGAAAACAGCAACAUAAUGAAGCACAACAGAAUCAUAGAUUACUUUUGAAACCAUCUUAGAAAUCAGUUUAGAUUUAUGAAAGGAGAUAAGCAUAAACACUAUUUCCUUCAUUUGUGCUCCCACAACUACAGGAUUAGUGAUAGGGUUAUGAUCACAACUGUAGGUAUCCACUUGUGCACAUGGAACUGGAACUGAAAACUGUGAAGGCUCAGUAAGAAACUCUGACACAGGUCUCAAAUACUUCCUUCUGCUUUUUUUUUUUUUUCUUCCUACAAUAUGGAGGACUGGGUAAGGGCACUGUAAACUGCCAUACAAAAACCAUUGGCAAAAUAGAGCAUAGAAAAGUGACAGAAACACAAAACUGGAGGAGGCUUUCAUCGGAUGCACCUGUAACAGUGAACAUUUUUUGUUGCUAACUUAUUUGUACCUCAUUCCUCAGUUUUGUAUGCAAGAUCCUUUCAAUUUUGGAUCUUGCAAUCUAUGCACAAAUGAAUAGUCCAUAAAUCUCUGCUUCAAUAUGUCAUGUGAUUUAAUUUGGUCAAGAUUUUUCAACAAAGCUUUUUUGAUGGGAAAAUUCCAAGCGAACACCCCAGAUUUUCUUAAGAAAGAAUGUUUCAAAAAGGGUUAUCAGGAGAUUUUCUUGGGACAAGAUUGAAGGAGAAAGAAGGAAAAACUUUUCUUUAUCAUCCCAACAUUUUCUCUCUCUUUUGAAGAGAACCAGUGUUUUACAAGCUAGGUUGGGACAUACAGAGGCACAUGCAGAGCACAGGGCACAUAUCUCCCUCACUUCAGAGACUUCUUGCCUUGUGACUAGGGACUGCCCGUCUGACUGGUGUGGGUUCUUCUGUAAAAGCAGUAGUUUCAGUUCUAUAAUGAAGUUACUGCUCAUUGUUUUUUCUUAAAGUCAGAUCCUUUGUUCCUAAUUCCCAUCCCCUCCUUUGCCUUUUGAUUCUUGAGGUUCUGACGAUGUGAUCCUUCUGUCUGUCUACCCACAAAAAACUAAAUGCUACUCAGUGUAGGGGUGAUCUUUAUGGCCUUCUGUGUUUUUUUUGUUUGUCUGGCUUGUGGGAGGAGGAUGGAGAGAGCACACUGGCACACAUUUGAGCCUCUUAAUCUAGAUCUAUAUAGAUAUAUAUCUACACAAAAAAAAAAACUCAGAGAGAAGGUGGUGGCUUGCAAGGGAGGUAUCUACCAACUUGCCCACCUACUAAUACAUGUCUGAGACAGCCCUCUGUAUUCUCCUCCUUGCCACUACUGAAUUGUCAUCCUGGCCAAGUCUGGUACACGAUCCCCCUUUCCACUCAAAGACAAUUCUUUCUUAGACCGAGAAGUAAAAAUCUAGCUAUGGCAUUUGCAACUGCAUCUUUUUAAGAGAACACCGAAAUAACUGAAACCUGUUUUCCUUAUGGAAACAUGUCUUCUACUCUCAGUGUAACAAAGUCUUGCCUUGCUGUAGCCUACCAUCUCACCCUUAUGUAAGACUCCAUUCCUUACACCCACAACCCUUAUGUUUCACCCUCUCCUGUAGACCUCUGGGAAGUCAAGCAACAGUAAAAGCAUCAUGUGGUUCAGAGAUACUGCAUUUUCUUUGUCAGCAGUGUAUCAAACCCGUCCUCCUCUACCUUUCAGAAAGCCAGAAGAACCAUACAUGCAUCCAUCUGUAAAGUUCACUUACAAUAAGCUCCAAGCUUAAAGAAUUACUAUGCCAUGUGGCCAGGCAGGUAGAAGAUAACAUGACAACUAGGAUUCCUUGACUUGGGAACCAAGUUUGAUAAUUCAUUAGUCUCGUUCUUCAUGAAGAAUAAGAUCAUCCAGGAACAGAACCUGGAUUCAGUCCUGUUCGCCUGGUUACAUACAGCAGCUGAUACUGGCAGAACCAGCAUCUUUGAGGACUCUGCCUCAAUGACUCAAAUCACUCAAGCACAGGCACAAAAAUAAAACAAAGAAAUGCAUGCUUUACCAAGGUUUAAAGGGACAAAAAUAACAGUAGUUUGGAGUAAAGUGGGCUCAGACAAGACUCUGUAAGAGGUGUUUUACCUCUGGAAUCCAUCUUAAAGGUCUUCUCCAAUCUAAAUGAUUCUGUUUCAAAAAUUAAAGUUUAUUUUAGCUACCAGCAGGGGACAGCAAGGCUUUAUACAUACACGGAGAUUUAUCUGCUUUUCUGCUUCUGAGUUAUGUUCAGUCUUUAAAUAUCAUUGAGCAAAGGCUUCUGAAAAGGAAGAGUCGUGAGAGCUAAAAUUUAGCCAGAACUAUAGGAUACUAAUGAUACGGGCCCAAAGGCUGUAUCACAAGGCUUAAUCUUAGAUUAAAAAUGCAAUGACCAUCACCCUAUUUUACUCACCAAAAUAUCCAGGGAGAGAUUGUAAAAUGAAUAUACUUAGUGGUAUUUUAAAUGCUGCCUGGAGUCCUACUUGCCCUUAGUUGAUGUUUCAGAAGAGCAGAGACCUGUACAUUCAAUAUCAUAGCUGACAGUCUUACACCUUCAAUAUUUUAGGGCACCUACAGUGAUAGUAGACACUAGUAAUUAGGCAGCUGGCUCAUACUCUCUGCCUCUUUGGACAGAGAAAAUGUUUAGAAAUGCAUGAAAUAAUUUUUGAUCACAGCUGUCCUUCCAUGAUUUCAUUUCCGCAAGAUUUGAUGACACUUUUAUCACGAAGGAAUGGCAAUGUUUCUACUGCCUCCAUCACAAACUGACAAAAGGCUGCACUGACUAUGUGUCCUAAAAUCAGGACAAGAGACUCCUUAUUUAAAGGUGUAGUGAAAAUUAAGGAGUCUUCUUGUCAACUUUAGCACGUAAGAAAAAGAGUCCUUUCUGAAAAAAUAUUGAUAAAACAUUUUCAGUUUGUUAAAAAUAUUCUCAAAAAACAUGCACUACGCUGUAAAAUCUCCAAAAUGAAUGGGACCAUCUCCAAUUAGCUAUCAACAUAAGCACACACUGUGGAUAACAAAACUGCAGUAUCCUUUGCAGAAUUAAAAAAGGAAAACUACUCCUGCUCUUCAUGUACAAAACCGCCUUCUUUCUAAUCCAUGAGCUGUUCACGUGUCACCCACAGUGAGUAGAUACCAGACAAACAGACUGUAACUCAAUAAUCCAUAUUAUGUUAAAAAUGCAUAUUAUAUACACACACACAUAUUCUCUGCAUUCCAAAUGUGAUUUGGGAGUUCAUUUUUGUACUUUGAUUAUUCACACAAAGAAGUAUUAAUGUCCUUGCAUAUAAAGUAUGCAAUAAAUACCAUCCCAUACAUCCCUACCAUUUCCAAAUUUAAAGAGCUUAUAGAAAGAACAAGUGUUGAGGUCCAGCAAUCUUCUUUCUAGUAAAAGAACAAAGAUUUUCAAUUUUUUUAAUCAGCCAAGGAACAAAUCAACAUAUAACUUAAUCACAGCUUACAACUGAAAUAAAAAUACAAAAGCAAGACAAGUUCAAACUAGAACGAGACACACUUUUAACGACACCAGCACGUUAAGAUAUGUUAGGCUUAAAUAUUAAAUCAAAGCCGGACAGCAUUCUAAAGAAUGUUCCUCUUGCAUAUGAUGCUGAAGUCUUUAUUUGCAGCAUUUCAAACUGGGUCAUCAAGGUCUUUAGGGGGUUGAAAACCUCUCAAUCUAUUGCAUGAAUUUCUUUUGCAAGUAUUUAAGCCCUGUAUAAUCUUAUCAUUACCUCUGUGAUCUGACAUUUAGAAUUACUGCGCUACUAUAAAUUUCAUGAACCUCGUAACUACUCACUUGGACUUCAGAAACAUCAGAAUUAGUUGUUGGUUUAUUGCCAUUCAAGAUGCAAGGUGUGAUCUUAACAUUAAUCAAAUAAUGCUCAAAAAGAGAAAAUGCAGAGCACUCUGGUUAUUGGACAUUUAUUCUAUGAUAUACAGUGUUUACUGUUAACAGUUAGAAACAGUCUUAAUCUUCUGGCAGUUGUAUUGUUUUGUUGUCAACACGAUUUACAAUGACUUGAAAAAUCACACGAAUGAUUGAGUAACUUGAUUAAGGAGCAUUCCUAGACUUACACUUCUACAGAACCCAGUGAAGACAGCUGAAGUUCUGACAGCUGAACAACUACGUGAACAUAACUAUGUCAUAUUACUAAGGUAUUUUUUUUGUUACAGACUUUACCUUUGCCUUACUAUCUGCAAUGAGAAAAUAAACUCCGGUUUUAAUAUAAAGCUGUAUAAAGAUGAACUGGCUAUGGUAUACUUAAUAUGGAAAAGAAUGCAUAUGAAUGCUUGCACAGGAUUUUAAUUUCACCUACAAUUGGAGUUGUAGCUCUUUUAGACAGGACAGACUUGUCCCCAUUGUGUCUAAUUAAAAAAAAAACAAACAAAGCAACACAUCAGUAAAGACUGUAAAGACUGUUUGACAUUUGAAUUAGGCUUUUAUGUAGUCUUAUCCAAGGCAAAGGUUAGUAAACUAAAGAGUGUUUAUAGACAUGUCAAUAAGACUAAAACCCAUACCAGUUUUGUAUACUGAUCAUCUUUUCUAUUUUCCUAGACAUCAGGAUUAUCAGAAGGUCACAAGUAUUUCUGCCACUCUGCAUGUGUAGCUGUGUAUGUAGGAAAUGCUUUAUGCCCUUCCCUAGACAGCAAGAGGUUUGGUACAUGGCAAAUAUUACACAGAGAGAAAGGAGAGGAAAUCUAAGGCCUUUGUGACUCAGUGAAAACCUAUUUUCUUAUCUUCCAGUAAUUCUGUGGGGAGGGAGACAGGAGAAACUUAGGAGGGAGGCAUUAACUUUGGAUACAGCAGUGUGAUUUGUGACUCGUUCUUCUUUUUCUUGAAGUUAUUGAUUUGUAUAGAAACUCAAAAUGUAUCUUUCAGUCUAAAAUAUUUCCUUUUAUAGUCUUGUAUAAAUAUUCCCCAAAUGAUCUCACCUCUUUCAGAAAAUAAGUGUAGAUGGAAGCAGAUGGAGAUCAGUAGAUGGAGGACUUUAUGGGGCAGUGGCCAACAUUUGCUUCAUUUUGUGGUGGGAAUUGAAUUCCCUUUAUCCUCUGCCUUCAGAUUUUCUAUACUUUUUCAUCAACUGUUUUUAUCAAAAUAUUUAAUCCAACCAAACGUUUUUCCCACACUGAAAUGGUGUUAGGGGGACUUCAUGAAUUGUUGCAAAUUUUAGUCUGGUAAAAAGCCAAGCUAAACCAAACCUCCUAAACUGCCUCAUCCUCUCCAUGCUCUAAACAGGCACAAGUUACAUCUCAAGACACAAAUAAAUGUCUUAUACAAAUAAUUUCAAAUUGAAAUUAUAAAAGUUUAGUUUAAACUAAAAAUUGAUCAGUUAUGCUUUUUUUUUAUAUCCUACCUUUUAUGUUCAUGAAUCACAACUACGUGAUUGAGCUUAGCGGUAUAAUAAUAAGAAUAUAAUGGACGCAUUUUACAGAAAUGCAAUUUAAAUAUAUUGAAAACAUUUCUUUCAAUGUCAGGCUUAAAAUCUUUUUCAUCAUUUGAUCCAAAUGCUAGAAUAACUGAAUUAAAAAAUUCAUUUGACCAGGUCUAACAUACGUAGAGCAUAACCUCACGGUUAACUGUAAUUUGUUAAAGUCAGUCAGGGAUAGUAUUUUCUUUAAAAAUCAGACUACAUGUACUGAAAAUACACACACUGGUUGCUUUAAUAUCUCACUUGAACUACAUCCCAUCACACUAUAAAUAAACAGAAAAACAUUCUUUUUAGAAAAUUACAUUUAAUGUAAUUGGAAAAAAUAGUGCCAAAAGAUGCAAUAAAAGUCUAUUAAAUAUGUUGAUUUAUUCAUAUGAGGAGACUGCGUAAGAGCAGACUUGUGUCUGUCCAGCAAGAGCAUGUGGUUAUGUGGGACAUAUGUCUUGAACGUAGUUUUUCAGACUACUUGUAGCCAAUUUCCUUUUUUACGUUUGAUCUCCUCUGUAGUGUGGCUCUGGGUGGAAGUCUUCUGCUUCCGUUUUAAAAGACUGACUAAUCAGUCAGCACUCAUAUUACUCAUUUCACUCAAUUUUUGUAAUCUGAUAAUGAAAAUAAUAGUAAUAAAAAAAACUGUGUAGGCAGAAGACAUUCAGGACCUAUCUGAUAUUCUAUUUUAAUGAUGGGACAUUUUAAGAGUAUUGAGGAAGAAUAAUCUCCCUACAUUCACCUUUUAAGUGAAAGAGCAGAGAUAAUAAAUAAGGAAAGCAGUAAAUGUAGUCAUGUUAUGUGUAUCUAAAGCUGUAGAAAAGGACGUAAGGAAGAAAAAAAGACUUUUGGUUUUAAUUAUGUGAGGAGCAAUAAAGCAAAAAGAGAAAACACAUUUUAAAUGAUGACCAGUACCUUGGAAUGGAGAAAGGUAUCACAAGAAUUUGGUACAUCCACCUUUACUUACCUAUUGGUGGUAAGUAACUAUCACUAUGCUUGAUAGUGUUGGAUCAAAGCCUAUGUCCCAGGUUUUAUGACAAUAAAGGCGACCAAAUUGAGCAGAUUUACCUCUUCUUUCACAGAUGUUUGCUACUUCCUUCAUUCUGAAGUGUUUUCCUUUUGCUAACCCCUAGGGAUAGCAGCUGCAGAUGCCCUGGUGGCCACAACUGCUUCAGGGGGUUUUGAGAGUGAAGCGCUAUGCUUCAGAUUAGGUGAAAAAGGAGAGAGGAAUGCUUUACAGCUUUGAUAUUAACACUAGAACAAAUAGGUUUGUGCAGGCUAAGUUUUCUGUAGUUUCACCACUCCUAGAGCCAAUGUAUAGUAACAAGUAGGUCUCGCUAUGACCCUCAAAAGACUGAGAAGUUUAAAACUAGAAGUCAUCUGUUUCUAAAAUCUCACUUUAUGUAUCUUCGGCAAGUUUUACAUUUGGGACAGUGCGGACUUACUUCACUGAUUUCAUGGAAAUCUUCUGUCAAUGUGAGGAAAUUUCAGUCUAAACUCUGCUAUCAAGUUUAGAGAGAAAAUGAACGUAACAGCUUCUUCCUUGUCUCACCGAUGUCUGUUGACCUGAGAAAGUAGAGGGUAUGGACUUAUUCACAGCACAGCUGCAGGAUGUAAGGAAAAAGUACAUUCUCACACUUUCAUUCCAUUUUUUGUUCUUUCUUACCAGCUACUUUUUUCAGUCACCUGUUACCACUACCUCACCCACAGUCCUUUUGCAUAGUGCCAUAUUACUCAAGUUCACAUGCAGUAAUAAUAUGAUAGGAAGGCUGAGCUGAAUAGAUCUCUCCAGCACUGAAGAGAUCCAGGGUGAUACAUAUGUAAAAAUGUUUUUUUAGAUAAUUAUAUUAUUUGCUUCUUUGUCUUUGCAUCAGCCCUCACUUUAUUCCUUGAAAAUGCAGGAAGCAAAUACUGUAGUAUUUAGUAUAUACAGUAUAUUAUACACUGCAGUAUGUAGAUUUAAUUCAGCAGUAUUGAAUUAAAUCUUGUGGUUGUUUGUCUUUGGAGAAGAAAUCCUCAAAGAGAUUCUUUUAUAGUGCAAGUGCUCUUACUUCUUUAUGAAUACAAAGUAUAACAGAAGUUAAGCAAAUAGAAAAUAGAUAUGUGUAAGAGCCACUGAAAGCAAGAAAGUAAAUUCACAGAAAUAACAUUUGCGAAAUAGAAGAAUAGUCUGAAAAGCUGUCUGGUCUUGAACUGAGCCUGCCAAAUGAUAGAUUGGCAUCCUCAUUCAAAAAUAUAACCACGAGCUUUGUAAACUAUAUAUUCCAAGUGUUGUAAUGUUCUGAGAUUUGUAAUAGCUUCUUAGGUUCUGAAGUCAUAUUUUUCCAAUUGUUUUGCUUUGUGACUGGAAACCACAUGGUGCCCUAGGCUCUGUUAUACAGCAGCUCCCUAAUAUUUAGAGUGUUCCAUAGCAACACACAGUGAGAUUUAACCAUAUGACAAGUGAAAGUGCUGCUGGUUAUUCAAUGAACAUGAGAAGAAUCGAAAAGUAAGAGGUUGACUUGUAAAAAAGAAAUCUUUCUACAAUAGGAGACAAAAACAAGUUAAAAAAGAGAACAAAAUGCAAACAAUAUUCUUCAAAUGGUGCAAGUAAAUGUUAGGUCUCUCUCUUUUAUUAUGACCUCAUUUUAGAGGUGGAUGUGGAUGAAACAUAGAGAAACAAAAGUAUUAAUAAGAAACAUAUGUAUUAAAUAUUCAAGGUUCACUAUUUCUUUCUUUUUAGUAUAUUCUGCUUAUGUCAUCUGCAAUGACCAAAGUCAGAGUGACCAUGACAAGUAGAUUAUGCAUUUUUCCCUCAGCAGUAAUAAGACACCAUUAUUUCACCAUUUUCAAAGCAGCAACAUUUUUUUGUGAAGGGGAACCUGCCAUAUUUGAGAUCCUAAGCAAAAUUUAACGAAGCAAAAUCAUGGAACAGAUUGCCAAGGGAGGUGAUUGAGUCACCGUCCCCAGAGGUACUUAAAAGACAAGUAGAUGAAGUGCUUAGGGAUAUGAUUUAGUAGUGGACAGGUACGGUUGGACUUGAUGAUCUCAAAGGUCUUUUCCAAACCAGGGAUCCUAUGAUUCUAUGAUUACAAUAGGAACAAAAUUUCCAUAGGAAAAAAUCCAUGAAAAAUUUUUUCAUAACCAAUAAUCAUCUGAAAAAUUAGUGGCACGACAUGGAAAUUCACUAGAGGAAGACAAACAUAAAUUAGGAAAAAUCCUGCCAAUUUCCACUGGUAGGAGGAAUUUUAUCAACAAUCUUCCACUAUUUAUCUGUGCCCUCUGUUGCAGAUGGAGACUGUUAUUUACCAUUCAAUUCAGAAAUUAGCUUUCUUAUUUGCUGACUUGUCAUCUUUACUUAUUUUUGUCCUUAGGUCUCAAUAUGUAUGUUAAAAAGUCCAGGACACCUUUGCUCCACUUUCUUCUGCCUUUUAACAGAGAAAAAACCCCACCACUAUACAUUUUUUACUGAGUUUCUUCCUUCUGAAUAAUAGUAAUAAGAGGAACUAACUGACAACUAAAAAGAAAGAAAAAGCUUCCAAGCUAGGGAAGUGUCUUUUACCAUUACAAUUAAGGGGCAGAUUUUCAACAUCAGUCUUGCUCCACUGAUUUUAAUUCAAACUGCAUUAUUACCUGACUUGAUUUUUUCUCAUUAAAAACAUUUUUUCUCAUUAAUUAGGUAGGGGCACUAUUCUGCAGUUUCUAUAAGAACAAAUGCAGCAAGUGUUAGUAUUUCAAGGGCAUGAACAAACAUGAAAAAAAAGAGAAAGUCAUACAUGAGAAAUCUAAGUAAUUUCAUUUUCUCCAUGUGAAUAUUCCUACAUUAACCGAGUUUAUAGUAAAAGUGAAGAAUGUAAUCAGGUCCUAAACAAUUCUAAAAAUUAGACCUGUGCUUCUAUAGGUAAUAAUAAUAAUCUGCUACGUCACUCUUAUUUUCUGGUUGUAGGACCAACAGUGCUUUUGUAUCACUAAAUACAGCUUGUUCUUCAGUGUUAAAGAUGGCAGGCAAGAUUUGAAUGAAAAACAAGAAGUGUCUUUGAAUGGACUUUGGUGCAGAUAUCAAAAAUUAUUUGAGAUGCAUGGUACCGCAUAUCGAAUCUGGGAUCAAGACUUCUAACUCCAGAAAUAUCAUGCUUUCUGCAGAGGAAGUGUUACAGUGGUCCCAGUCUUUGGAAAAGCUUUUGGCCAACCAAAGUGGUCAAGGUGUCUUUCGGGAGUUCCUGAAGUCAGAGUUCAGUGAGGAAAACAUUGAGUUCUGGUUGGCUUGUGAGGAUUACAAGAAAACCAAGUCUGAUCACUUACAUGGCAAAGCAGAGAGGAUUUAUGAGGAGUUUGUUCAGUCAGAUGCUAUUAAACAGAUCAACAUUGGCUAUCAGAUGAGAGAAGCAACAGCCAAACGGGCUCAAGAUCCAACAUACACAAGUUUUGAUGAAGCCCAGAAAACUGUGUACAUCCUCAUGGAAAGGGAUUCAUACCCCAGGUUUUUGAAAUCCAAAGCCUACCUGAACCUUUUGAAUGAGCUGCAAACCAGCACUUCAAAAGGAAGUGUCUGAGGCAGUGAAGAGACAAGUAGAAUCUAUGUCAAAUAUCCUGUGGAAAGAUCCUUCACGGUGGUUGGAUCUUGGCAAUGAAAACCCCUGCCUUGGGAGGUGUAUGAGGGAGAUUCAAACAGCUCUACAGCCAACAGAAUGCAGUAUGAAAGCUGGCAAAACCAUUACAAAUGUGAGCAGCACAGGGAGAAAAUCCUCUCCUCCUACAUGCCAUGGAAUCAAAAGAAGAUAGGAGUACUAUUUAUUGUUUGAACUACACUGUGAACAUUGAACCAAGUCUUAUAUCCCAAAGAACUGAUGAUUAUUAGGAAGUGCAAGACUAAUAAGCUGAGCAUUGGGAAAAAAUUAUCAAGUACAGAGGAAAAAUAAGGAUGAUUGACAAUUUUGUGCAUAACAAGAAAAUGCCCAGCCAAGACUGAUUAAUGUUUUUUUUUUUUAAUUUGUGAAGCAUUAAUAUGUGUGUGUGCAGCUCCGUGAUGCUGUUGUGCUAUGCAAAUAUAAUAUAAAUUGACACGUUUUAAACUGUGUGUAUAUUAAAUUAUUUAAGAAUUACAUAA